UGACGGAACAAGAACACAACUCGCGGGACGGUGAUUUGAAGCGCUGCUGCUCAGAUAGAGGUGGCUGGAUAGCUUGUUUUUGUGGGAGCGUGUCAUGCACCGCGUGCUGGCGCGAGCUGUGGCAAUGGGUCGUGGAGCAGAGCGCAUUUUAUCCGCCUCGACCGCCGCCAAUACCGGAAUUGCUGCCCAUGCCACAUCGACAACUACCAACACCAUGCCAACGACAGACUCAAACACACCAACCGGGGAUGACCGCUUCGCAUUUUUGUUUCCCGGGCAGGGAGCACAGGAACUUGCCAUGACCAAAAAUGAGCUGGAGCUUCCAGCCGUGGCUCAUCUCUAUGAGCGUGCAAAGGACAUUCUCGGCUAUGACCUACAAGCGAUUGUUAUGGGUACCGAUGAAGAUAAGCUGAGUCAAACGGAGUUUUGCCAGCCCGCCAUGCUUAUUGCGGGACUCGCCGCGGUGGAGCGACUUCGUGACACAGAUGCGUCAGCUGAAGCACGUUGCGUCGCAACAGCUGGUUUGAGCCUUGGCGAAUAUACGGCCCUGGUCUUUGCUGGAGCCCUGGACCUUGAUGAUGCAUUGCGCGUAGUCAAGGUUCGGGCUGAAGGCAUGCAAGCCGCCGGUCAAGCCCAGGCGGGUUGCAUGAUGACCGUCAUUGGACUGGAUGAUGAAACCUUGGAGGCUGAGUGUGCGUUGGCAUCCGAAGCGACACAAGAGGUGUGCACAGUGGCCAACAAGCUCGCCCCUAAGAUUCGCGCCAUUUCCGGCGGGCCCGCCGCCAUAUCACAUCUGGAGGCAAAGCUUGAGGGUAUCGCCCUCAAGCUGGUCCGCCUGCAGGUGAGCGGAGCCUUUCACUCCAGCCUCAUGGCCCCUGCGUCAGCAGCUUUGGCCGAUGUAUUGGAAACCGUUCCGAUCCGCAUGCCUCGCAUUCCGGUGAUUUCCAAUGUGACCGGCCAAGCCUACACGGAUCCGGAGCAAAUCCGUGCUUGCUUGAUCCGUCAGGUGGCUGAGCCUGUGCUUUGGGAUGUGAGCGUGCAGCACGCCUUGGAGGCCUUUCAGUGCACCAACAUCUAUGAGCUUGGUCCCCAGCGUCAAAUUAAGGCCAUGGUUCGCAAGAUUGCGCCGAAAAUGUUCAGGACGAUGGUCAAUGUGACCAUCUAAUCUGUGCUUGAGUCCAAAGCAAGUCGUUCGGGCCUUCUUUUCUUGUCCUGGCUCGCCCGUGAUGGUCCAACACACUGGUUGUGCUUGAGGAUGGGAUUUGGCUUCUCUCAUCGCUAUCCUGCGUACACUGGCUGAGGCAAUUUUUUUUUUCAAUUGUAAUCUUGUCUUUUU